AUGGGUAACCUUCUCUCAGACUUGGUUCAGUAUCGGAAACUAUUUCUAAUGAUUUUUGUAUUGGGAAUUGGUGGAACUUUCUCAUAUGGCUUCCAAGUUUCUAUGAUCAGCUUUCCUUCCAUGUACAUCAAGAACUUCAUCAAUGACACCUGGCAAGAGCGAUACCACUCUGUCAUCGAUGAGCAGACCCUCACAUUAUUAUGGUCUUUCAUUGUCUCUGCCUUUAGCCUUGGGGGAUUCUUGGGAGCCAUCAGUUCAAGAUACCUGUCUGCAAAACAUGGAAAAAAGAAAUGUCUAACGUUCAGUAACCUGCUCCUGAUAGCAGCUGCAUUUUUCUGGGGCUUCAGUAAGACGGCAAAGUCCUUUGAGAUGAUUUUGAUUGGACGUUUCCUUUGUGGUUUAUAUACAGGUUUGAGUUGCUGUUUACAUGGACAGUAUUUGGCAGAAAUUUCCCCUAAGAAUCUGCGUGGAUUUACAACUGCCACUCUCUCUCUUUUUGUAAACAUGGGGAAAUGCUCAGGGCAAAUUGCAGGACUAAGUGAACUUUUAGGAACUGAAUCCUUGUGGCCUUUACUGAUGGUUAUCGGUGGAAUCGCAGCAUCAGUGCAGCUGGUCGCUCUCCCGUUCUUCCCUGAGUCUCCACCCUACCUGCUGAUGCAAAAGGGAGAUAUGGAAGGCUGCCAGGAAGCUUUGAAUCAAUUUUGGGGUAAAGGGAAUCAUCAAGGAGCAAUUGAUGAUAUGGUGAAGGAGCAGGCUACAAUGAAAAAAAUCAAACCCAUGAAUGUCCUGGAACUCCUAAAAGAUCGAUCCUUGAGAUGUCAGUUGUGUUUACUGAUCAUCAUUGGUGUUGCCAUACAGCUUAAUGGUAUCAAUGCAAUCUAUUUCUACGCCUUUGAUGUGUUCCGUACAGCUGGAUUUACUCAAGAUCGUAUCCCCUACAUAACUCUGGGAACUGGGACCUGUGAGUUCUGCGCUGCCAUAAUGUGUAGCCUCAUCAUUGAUAAGUUUGGCAGAAGGAUGCUGCUGUUGUGGGGAUAUGGACUGAUGGCUUUGAUGCUCAUACUCCUCACAACAACUCUUUCCCUGCAGCAUCAGUUCUUCUGGAUGCCCUACUGCAGUGUUGCUCUGAUUUUCCUGUUCAUUCUCAUCUUUGCAGCUGGACCAGCUGGAGCUUCAUUCCCCGUCAUGAUUGAACUCUUCACCCAGUCAUCCAGAUCAACCGCAUUAGUGAUCUCCAUGUCUCUACACUGGGUAGGACUCUAUGUGAUUGGGAUGAUUUUCCCAUACAUAGUGGAAAGCCUUGGUACCUUCUGCUUCCUCAUUUUUGUGGGCUUCAUUUCAAUCUUAUGGAUUCUCAUCUACAGGUUCCUUCCAGAAACAAAAGGUAAAUCAGUCAUGGAAAUCCAAGAGGAAUUCAAUAAUUUAAAUUUCAGGAAGAAACGUGCCCAGGCCAUGGGAGAGAAUCCCUCUGAUAAAUGUACCAAGUUAUGA